CAACUUCCUUACUGGAUAUCUUCUGUAAGGCUUCCUUUUUCCUUCUCCAGUCACCCUUGAAAUGAUCCUGGCCAACAUCUUAUUUGAUCCUUCCCAGUCUUGGGGAAGGCAAAAAUCUCUUCUCUCUCAGAUCCUUUUUCCCAGCAGUAGAGUCAGUGUUCCGGUACUUCUGGUGGUGCUUCUACUUCUCAGUGUUCUCAUAUCUCAUUUUCAACAUCCUUUGCUAUUCCCUGGUAAUGAUAGCCUUAAACAGUUAUCUUACAUUAGGCCUGUGAAUUUCAAAUGUCCUUCUUUACUUGGAGCAUAUUCAGUUACAUGAUUUUCCGUUACCUAUGUUUUAGGGUAUGAGGACACCUCCUUCUCUAAUUUGGUAUUACUCCGUUUUUUCUCAAGCACAUUUUUUUUUUUAAUUCCUAAGGAUUUUUUUCUUGGAAGUUUAUUCAUUAUGUUUGUUCCCUGUCCCCACUCACAAAUCGGUCAUGCUGUAAAAUGUUGCUAGAACUCUGGCUGGUACCAGUAUCUUUUGAAUUUCCUGAUUGAGAACAUUUGUAUUUUUUCUUCCCUUCUCUUUUAGUCCUGCAUCUUUUUUGUUGUCUACUUUGAUUAUUUUUCUUCAACAAACUUGCUUUACCUGAACUGGUCUCUCUCUUCUCUGAACUCUGUCUUCAGGGUACAGUGUAUGUUCUUUUUUGACCAGCUCAAGAGUAAGCUUGAGGACAGGGCAUGGACGUCACUCUUCUUAGCUUUAUUGUCACAUAUUGCAGGGUCUUACAUAUAAGUUUUUGAUAAAUGUUUAAAUAUAAUGGCUUUGGGUUUUAAGAAUUUUGCCUUUGGACUGCCUUGAGAAAUCUUCAGUAAUUUUAUGUUUAUAGCUUGUCUUUUGUGAAAUCUCUGCAAACAUAAUGAAAAUUAUCAUCUUUCAAGUAUUAUUUUGGAUACAUUAUUUUUAUUCCUAAAGGUCUCUGUAAUGACUCCUAGUUGAUUGUUCUUAUUUUUUAAUGUUUUAUCAUGAAUGUCUCCAAAUAUACACAAAUGAAAGAGUUCAAUGAACCUCUGAUGCCACAACCAUCAAUAUUUCACCAUACUUGUUUCACCUGCCCCCUUGUUGCUGAGUAUUUUAAAGCCUGUCCAAGAUGUUAUUUCACCUCUAAAUAAUUUGAUACAUGUCUGAAAUGACACAUUUUCUUACAUAGCUGCAACGUCAUCAUCCAUAUUGUUUACAGUGUACCUAAUAACAAUCCCUAAUAGCCUUUUUAAUAGCCUAUGUAAUGCUUAGUCCAUGUUCACAUUUCCUCAGUUGACUAAAAAAAAAAAAAAUUUUUUUAUGGUUGGUUCUUUUGAAACAGGAUCUACUCAUUGUAUGUGAUUAUGUCCCUAAAGUUUCUUUCAGUUUCCUUUUAAUCUAUAACAGUCUUCUCUCUCCCUUUUUUUUUUUUAACCUCCAGAAUUUGGCUGAUUACUUGCUUCCUCCUCAUGUUUAGCUUGCUCCAUUAUCCUCUGUAUUUUACAUGGACUGAAAGUUAGAUCUAUAUGCUUAAUUAGGUUCAGAUUAUAUUUUUUCGAAGGAGGAGCAAGAGUACUUGCUGUCACUUCAUAACACAUCAAGAGGCACGUAAUGUCUGGUAAUUUCACUUCACGUGGGGCUAAGAUUUAUCAGCGGAUUCAGGUGGAAUAGCCAGAUCCUUUCAUGAAGCCCAACUUUUCACCUAUGGUUUUGUCAUCCGUUCAUUACCAUUGCAAAAAUUAGUUAUUUAAUUAAAGGAUGCAAAAUUGUGCUUGCUCUGUUUUGUUCACUUCUGCAAUUAUUAGCUGAAAUUUUGCUAUAUGGAUGAACUUCUUUCUCAUCCACUAGGGCGAGUUAGUUAUCCUGCAAUAUCUAGUCAGUUGAGUUGUUAAAAUCCCCAAUUGGGGACUUAAGAUGCUACUUUCUCCUUUAACUGAAAAGUCUUUCUAUCAUUUCACUAGACUUAUAACAAAGUAUUUUUCUUCCUUCUUGAGAAAGCUAAAGUUAUUCCUGAAUGGUGGGUUGGUGAUUUUGUGAGUUGGAUUUUGGGGUUAUGGGGAGGGUCUCCCAGUCCUGAGUGAGCAGUUCUAAAUCAGCUGUGAAGGUGUAGGGCAGCAAAAAAUGGCAGAAAAUAACGAGUAUAGCCCUUUCACUGUUGGGGGCUUGCAGUGAGGGUGUGGUUCACUUGGGGUAUGGGAAUUUAAAUAGUUCUACUUUACUAGAGAAUAAAUCAGACUCAGUAUGGCACCAUUAAAAUUUUAAAGAACCGUGGCCUUUAAAGGGCCUCAGUACAGUUUUGUAAUCAAACUCAUUAAAUUUUAAUGACUAGUAAGUAUAUCAUGGGAAGCUGUGGGGACCCCGAUGACUUGCCAAAGACACAGUUGGAUGUUCUGCUCGCUGUCUCUGAAGCCACAAACUUCCCUAGAUGUGACUGAAGUGGGGAGCAAGGUGGCUCAGGCAGUCAGGAGAACUCUGCCUUAGUAUUUAUUGAAUAGAAACUUCACUCACCGAAAUUUCUGGUAGUAAAGGUGUACAAAUGGCUGCGUGCUUUCUCAUGACCUGUUAUCCGUACUAUCACUUGCUCAUGCUUGCUUUUUUAAACCUUUCAGAGUUUGCAUCUUAUCUCUUUCAUCUUUCAUUUUUUAGGACAGUAAUCAUUUUAGGACAGUGUCUUCAGUCUGCUCUUCAAGUUUUUUACCAUGAAUUAUAGUGCGUCAGACUGGACAAGGUAUUUUAGUUGAAAUUUCACCAAUUAAAAAAUUGGAGAUUCCAGACUACUGAAAAGAAGGUGCUUUCAGAGCUGGAGAUGAGAAUAAGACUCCUGUGCCAGGCCUCAUAAACCACCUUGAGUAGAAAAUGACUGCGGUGUUCGAAGAUCAUUGCUACUGGAAGGCCAGUUAACAUCCAUUCCCUCAGAGAAACUUGAUCACCAUUUACUCUGGCAUGGCGCAAAGCAGUCCACAGCUUGAUAUUCAGGUUCUCCAUGAUCUCCGACAACGUUUCCCGGAGAUUCCAGAGGGUGUGGUGUCUCAGUGCAUGUUACAGAAUAACAACAAUCUUGAAGCCUGUUGCCGAGCCCUUUCCCAGGAGAGUAGCAAAUACCUGUAUAUGGAAUACCACAGUCCAGAUGACAACAGGAUGAAUAGAAAUCGCCUUUUGCAUAUUAACUUGGGUAUCCAUUCUCCUGGUAGCUACCACCCAGGAGAUGGAGCUCAACUUAAUGGUGGUCGAACACUGGUACAUAGCUCAAGUGAUGGACAUAUUGAUCCACAGCAUACAGCAGGUAAACAGCUGAUAUGUUUAGUUCAGGAACCACAUUCAGCUCCUGCUGUUGUGGCUGCUACUCCCAACUACAAUCCAUUUUUUAUGAAUGAACAGAACAGAAGUGCAGCUACUCCUCCUUCACAACCACCUCAACAGCCAUCUUCCAUGCAAACAGGAAUGAAUCCAUCUGCUAUGCAAGGGCCUUCACCACCACCACCGCCACCUCCUUCAUACAUGCACAUACCUCGGUAUAGUACAAACCCAAUUACUGUUACAGUAUCCCAAAACCUCCCUUCUGGACAGACUGUACCAAGAGCUUUACAAAUUCUUCCACAAAUUCCAAGCAAUCUCUAUGGGUCUCCUGGUUCUAUUUAUAUUAGACAGACAUCUCAGAGUUCAUCAGGAAGACAAACUCCUCAGAGUACGCCAUGGCAGUCCUCACCACAGGGCCCAGUGCCUCAUUAUAGUCAACGUCCUUUACCUGUUUAUCCACAUCAACAGAACUACCAACCUUCUCAGUAUUCUCCCAAACAACAACAAAUCCCUCAAUCUGCCUAUCAUUCGCCACCUCCUUCUCAAUGUCCUUCACCCUUCAGCUCUCCACAGCAUCAAGUGCAACCUUCCCAGUUGGGCCACCCAAGUUCCCACAUCUUUAUGCCACCUAGUCCUUCAACUACUCCACCCCAUCCAUAUCAACAAGGACCUCCUAGCUAUCAGAAACAGGGAAGCCAUUCAGUAGCUUAUCUCCCAUACACAGCAUCUAGCUUACCCAAAGGUUCCAUGAAGAAAAUAGAAAUUACAGUUGAACCCUCCCAAAGACCUGGAACAGCAAUUAAUAGGAGUCCUUCACCCAUCAGUAACCAACCAUCUCCACGGAAUCAGCACUCACUGUAUACAGCCACCACACCACCUUCAAGUUCUCCUUCAAGAGGGGUAUCUAGUCAACCAAAACCUCCGUUUAGUGUUAAUCCUGUGUAUAUUACAUACACACAGCCAACUGGACCUUCGUGCGCUCCAUCGCCAUCUCCUCGGGUGAUACCAAACCCAACUACAGUUUUUAAAAUUACUGUAGGCCGAGCAGCGACUGAAAAUCUUUUAAAUUUAGUGGACCAAGAAGAACGCUCUGCAGCACCAGAACCUAUUCAGCCCAUUUCAGUGAUACCAGGCUCUGGGGGAGAAAAGGGAAGCCAUAAAUAUCAGAGGAGUUCUAGUUCUGGAUCAGAUGACUAUGCCUACACGCAAGCCUUGCUGUUACAUCAGCGAGCAAGGAUGGAGAGGUUAGCAAAGCAAUUGAAACUUGAGAAAGAGGAACUAGAGCGGUUGAAGGCUGAAGUUAACAGUAUGGAGCAUGACCUGAUGCAGAGACGGCUCAGAAGGGUCAGCUGCACCACUGCGAUCCCAACGCCUGAGGAAAUGACAAGAUUGAGAAGCAUGAACAGACAACUCCAGAUAAAUGUUGACUGUACACUGAAAGAAGUUGACCUCCUUCAAUCUAGAGGAAACUUUGAUCCGAAAGCCAUGAAUAACUUUUAUGACAACAUAGAACCUGGCCCAGUUGUACCACCCAAGCCAUCUAAAAAAGAUUCCUCGGACCCCUGCACAAUUGAGAGAAAAGCCCGAAGAAUUAGUGUGACCUCCAAAGUACAGGCAGACGUUCAUGACACCCAGGCAACAGCUGCAGAUGAGCACCUAACUGGCUCCAAGCCGAGUCCUCGGACACAACCACGAGAUGAAGACUAUGAAGGGGCACCCUGGAAUUGUGAUAGCUGCACCUUUCUGAAUCACCCUGCACUAAACCGCUGUGAGCAGUGUGAGAUGCCGCGGUACACUUGAAUUCAGAAGAGGCUGCACCAGGUUGUGAGUGACAUUUUGAGCACCCAUCCUAAGAAAAGGAAGCUUCGGGAAUCUGUCCAUCAGCCCAGCCUUUUCAUUUCAGUUCACACGGGGAGGAAGAGUGACACUGGAUCCACUUGUGCUCACUAAAGGAAAAAUGGGGAUUUUUUUUUCCCCCUUUCUUAACUCAUUGCAGAGUGAGAGAUAGAAAGGGAUACUUGAAACCGGGAAAGCAUUCACUCCUGAAAGAAUGUACACAGAUCAGUCAGGAUUUCUUCUGUGGAGUCCCUAUUGUUAAAGUUACUGCUGAGUGGCCCUUAUUUUUUAAACUAGAACUUUGAUUCAUGGUGUAAAAUGUUACAGUUUAUGCAGACAAACUGUGAAUUGCCAGAGCAGACUUCUCUGGUCACAGCACUCUGGAAAACAAAGGCUCCCCAUGCUUCUUCCAGUUGCUUCCUGCUGAAGAGGAAGACAGGAAAAAGCACCCAGAAUAUGAUUUCUUUUCUUUUCUUGAGAGGGGGCAAAAUAAUAAGGGUAUUUGUAAUUGCUGCUUUUUUCAGGGGUAAUUUCCAACACACAUACAUGUACACAAGCAAGAUGUUUGAAAAUGUGAUUUGUAGCAGUCAGGAAUUAGGCAUAUCAUGCCCUUUGUUCUAAAGUACAAUCAGGUGGUGAGAUCCCUUUUGCUUGUACAAUAAUGAUUCAUCAAACCGUAUCAACACUGGUAACUAAAACCUAAUUAUGCCACUGUAUAACAGAUAUGUUUUUUAAGUUACUGCAUGCUUUGACAAGGCCAUUGGUUUUCAAACAAGCAGGCAAGUCCUUAUAAAGUAGGACUUUUAAUAAAUGACAUUCUUGUAAAACUGCGCUUUGCUAAUAGCACAGUGAAUCUGUGCCAAAUGUAAACCCAUUCCAAAAUCCAUUUGGAAAUCUGGAGCUCAGCUGUGGGUCUAUAAGACAUGUUUGCAGGCCAUAGGGCUUUCUUUUUUUCCCCUCCUUCCAGUUUUGUGAAGAAUUCCUAAUGUUUACAGCACAGAUAAAACUUUGUGCCAUGAUCCUAAUUUCGCAGAAGAAUGAUCAACAUUAGCUGUUCGAUAAAGAUUUAUUUGCACGUAUGUUAAUGUACCAGUGUGAGGAAAAUUACAGUUGGCCAAUAUCAUAAAGUUGCAUACUGCCUUAUUCGGGGAAGAAGACUAGUCAAGAAAUGUGACUGAGAAAGAUAAAUACAGAGUACUUUGAAACUAAGAACUUUUUAAAUUGAACAGACCGUAUCCAGAGAUAAUACUGAGGUGGUUCACGGAGCUCAGAUAAUACUAAAGCACCCCUUAUUUAGGAAACCAGAACUUUAGGGUGUGGGUAACUGAACAGAUAUAAAAUCAUGUGAGUCACUAGGAUACAUCACUAGAAAAUUAAUACUAGCACAUUUAAUUAAGGUUUCUGCCAUCGUUGGAUUUCCUUCCUAGCUCAGAAUUGGAUUUUGUAGUUUCCCCUCAUUUUGGUGAAGAUAAACAGCAAUAAAGCUGGUAGGUUUUCCAGUCGUAAAGGAUUUCACCUGAGGUUAUAACCUUAGGAGUAUUCACUGUCCCGUACCAUGUGCCCCCUACACAGACACACACUCACUCCCUCACACUCUCUCCCUUCAAGCUGUCAUUCUGUUGUAAUUUAGCAGUAAUCUCUGACAGACCUGCAAAAACAAGCUGCACUUAACAGCAUAAUGAAACCAAAGGCAUAAUAACUCAUCAUACUUUUCCAUCAAAACCAUGAUUUCACACUCCACCUACAGCUUUGAAAACAGGUUUUCAUACAUGGAAAAUUCCCUAAAAUACAUCCACUUGUCUCACAAAGUCAGCGUGGUUAUGUAAUUACACUGAUAAAACAUCUCUCGUACAACUGGCAAAACUGUGAAAAUGAUGAGAAGGCAGAUGAGCUUAAAAGCGUUGUUCUGAAAGCAGCGGUCUUUAACGGCUUUGUAACAACACUGCUAUCUGUUAGUCCUGUAUCCUCAGUAACAGUCUGUCAGUCCUAUCGUUCUGUAAUAUGCCAACGCCUUUGCCUUUGUAUGGUUUCCUAUCUCUAGUGAUGGUCAACCCCACUUGGUUUUAAGUACCAAUAUAGGGAAAAAAUACAUAUACUGCUUGGUGUUCUAGCUGAAGUAUUCCUAGUGAUAUGCUGAAGUGGCAGCAGUUAACUUGGCAGUUGUCAGUUGAGAAUGAAAGUAGCAUGUAUGAAAACAGUUUGAUGCUUUAUUAACACCAUGUAGAUGACUUUAAAACUAGUGCAUGAAAAUACAUCAAGGUUAAUAAGCUGUUAUCAUACAGUAGAUGCAUGGUUUCAGUCCUUUGGUAAUAUACCUAGUCAAUCAUUGUUUUCACCUGCCAGGAAAAAUGAGAAAAGAGUCUAUUGGAUAGGUGUGGGGGGUGGGGUAUGAGACAUCAGAGAUUGAUUUUAAGGAAGUUUUGCAUGUGGUAAUUUCUGAUCGUGCACAAGUUUCAUAUGCCAACCUAGGCUGUGUUCAGUUUGUAAAAUAAGCAAAAUUGUUUGACAUUGAUCAAUUUGAUAUAUUUAACUGUGUCCCAUAUGUAGACUGCUUCUUGCCAGUUUGAACAAGGAUUCACCCAGCUUUCAAGGUGCCUUUUCAAAAGCAUCUACUAGUCAGAUUGGUAUGUACAGGUAAUUGGCGUACAAGUGGUAGGAUAAAAAUUGGAUGAUGUCUGGCUGCUGAAGGUGUCGAUGUUCUUUUAAUCAGUCGGCACACUUCUUGUUUCUAGUCAGUUUUCUCUGAAAAUACAAAUAGUGUGAUAGUAACAGAUAGACCUGACUGUACAUUUUAUAUUAUUUCACUGUUUUAUAAACUGGGUUUUUAGAAAGCACAGUUGCCGUUCUGUUAAAGUAUAUUGCCCCUUAAAUUAUGACAUAGUUCUUCAAAGUUUAAAGUGGGAAUAGAGGAGCCAGAAACGUUCUAAGCGUUGUAAAACGUUUGAAUUUAUAUCGACCUUGUAUGGGAGAGAGUAGAGGCAGGGGGUUUUAAAGAAAUGCCUUGUAAAAAUGUAGUUUUAGAGCAGAUUAAUGAUGGUGGGGAAAGUGUUGCUAAUUUGUUUAUUUCCCUGAGAGAAAUGGGAAGUGUGAUGAGCAGUUAAGUAAUUUUUUAAGGAGCUGGUCUCAAUUUUAGUACUUAUUAAUUAUUAAAAGAAAUCAAUGUUUCCUUAAACUUUGUCGUUGCUUUGUCACAGUUAUCUAGGAUUCAUAUCCAACUUUCUGUGGCAACUCAAUCUUAUAUAGUACUUUAAGAGGUAAUUGUAAUGUCUUUUUGACAAUAUAAAUGAAAAGCAAGAAUAUAAGGCAUAGAAAUGUCCUUUAAAAAUAUCAAUGAUGUAUCCUGGAAUGUGAAAAUGGCCCUUUAUAGUUAAAAAUGGAAUUAUUUUAAUGUUGUACCAUUGUUCUGACCUUGAAUGAGUCCAUGUUGCAGUGUGUGUCUAUAUAUCCUUAGAGGAAGAAAAACAGCAAUUGAAAUGUUACUUUAAAAAAUCAGAAUACGUUGGGCACUGUCUGUGUUGCACCACUACUGUAUCUUUUUGAAAGAAUUAACAGUAUUUUCGUCUUGUAAAAGUUAAUUCUGAUGAUGUUUUCACGUGCACCAAACAUGCAUUUUUUUUUCCUGUACUAUUUGCAUCCCCAAGUAUUUAAUACAAGUAGAUUUUGCAUGGCUUGGGCAAUCAGAGAUAAUAGAAUGAUGACUCAAUUUUAAUUUCUAAAGCCAUGACAAGUUGCUUUGAGACUGAACAAUUCUGAAUUUUUAUUUAUAACGACAUCUAAUGUCCAUGUUUCCCUACUGUAAAAGAAUUGAUCAGUUUCUUCAUUAAAACAGCAA